AUGGCAGCUUGUCCAGAUGCCGGGCCCUUGCGCCAGAGAGUUGGCGGACCGUCCACGGCGCUCGAUGUGGAGGUGCAGCCAGAGACCGAUUUGCCGACCCACACCACAGAGAGCCUCCUGGCUCACGCAGACAGCGUACAGAAGCCUGGGGAGUGGCUGGAGCUUCCGGACUUGGUCUUGUAUGCGUACACCAGCAGGGUCAGCUUGAAAUUGGUCAUCAAUGCAGAUGGCGAAUGGCUGGAGACCUCUGCUUUCAAGUUCAUCUCCGAGAUUCUCGGCACUGACAGCUUGGGCGGUCUCACACGCGAUGAGGCCGCCGAGUGGGUCUGCGUGUUGACUCCGCUAUCGUUCCAGCCGUGGGAUCAGAGGCACGUCCCUGCACUCAAUCAUUGGCUGCCAGCCUUCCGGAUUCACAGUGCCGCCGAUCCACAGCGGUUAAGGUCUAUGGCGCGGACGGAGAUUGAGCGGCUCCGUGCACUCGGGAUGUCGGAUGCGGCUGUGCGGGGGUUCACCUGGUCGGAUUAUCUCCUUCUGCCGGAGAAGUUGCCUUCGCAGUAUUUGUUCACUGUGAAAGCGUAG